AUGCCCUACUCGACCAGCUCGACCAUCCCCUUCGACCACCAGCCCCGGCCAUCCUCAGACUCCAGCGCAUCCUCCUACCAGCCCACGAACCCAUCCUCCCCGGGGAAGAAGAAGCAGUCGAUCCUCAGGAAACUGUCCACCUCCUCGCGCCGCUCGCUCUCCUGGCUGCCCGGCAUCCACGACCUGCCCCCGCUGCCGACGAUCGACCACCUUCCCCAGCCGCAGAUCCAGGAGGAACAGCCCCCGCCCAGCACGCACAGCCCGCCCGGCUCGGCGCCCGCCAAGAAGAAUGUGAUCGGGAAGGGCAUGCGCUCCGUCGCCAGGACCGUCAAGAAGUCCCUCCACUCCUUCGACCGUCCCCGCUCCGCCACCGCCGAGCCCCCCACCAAGCCUCCAGCUGCCGGCUCCCAGCCAGCCCCCGCACCCCCAAACCCCGCCGGCCAGAACAUUCGCACCAGGGCCGUCUCCACCCCGCACGCCGGAUUGUCCAACAGCAACACGAACAGCAGGGCCAGCGAGCUGUCUCGCUCCUUGAACCGUCCCCAGCCGCACGUCCCGGACAGCCGCGACCCGAUCGAACAUGCGCCCCCGCGCUCGCCGAACCGGCUCAAGAAGAAGAAGACCAGCCGGUCCCAGAGCGCCCUGGAGCCUCUGGGCCCGCGCCCGGCCCCAGACGCCGCCGCCGGCCGUCCGGGGGAGCCUGCGGUGAGCUGGCACGCCCAGACGCCGAUCGGCUCGCUGCCCAUGGCCGCCUCUCUGCUCGCCGCCCCGCCCCCGCCGCCCGUCGACCACUCCUCCUUCCUCGCCAUCCUCCCGCCAGGCCACACCCCCAACCUGCCCGUGCCUGCAUUGACCCUCGUCCCGCCCCCGGCCUCCCAGCUCGUCGAGGCCCCUGCGCUCACCGCCCUCAGCACCCAUGUCGAGCCCGCCCUGUCCCGCAGAGUCUCGCUCUCCUCGUCCUCCGCCGCCGCCGCCGCUGCUGCCGCCGGCACCCCGCCCGACGCUUCCUCCGCCGGCCAGAUCGAAGACCACGAUCCCCUCCCCGGAUUCACUUUCAUCCGCUCCCCCGCAAAGUCCUCCCAAGCAGACCCCUCCCCCCGUCUCAGCGCUAGCUGGACCGAGAUCGUCGAAGGCUCACCCGCCCCUCCCUCGCCCAUCGAGACCAGCCAAGUCAGGACCGCCAGGCCGCCCCUCGUCGCUAAUGCCACCGGAAUCAGCCUCGCCCAGUCUUGUGUCGCCGAACACGGCUCAGUCGGCGACCUCAACGACGACGAGGAGGAGCCGGUCCCUCAGACCCCCCGCAAACGCAAAGUGACCAGCCUCACCGCUGAGCCUUCCCCGCCCUCUCCUAACAAAGAGGCCGAGAAAGAGGGCGAGAGAGGUGCGGACGCGGCGGGCGACGAGCGGCAACACAAAGUGCCGCGGGCCGCGCUCGACGUGCCCUUCUCAUCCUCCACCACCUCCCAGGCCGUCGGGCCCAAAUCGCUCUCCUCUACCGCCCAUCCGCUCUCCUUCUUGGCCCUGGGAGGCCUCGUCCCCCCGGCAUCUCUGAAGGCGCGCCGCUCGGGCUCCCGCAAAGACCGGCGCAAGUCCCCCGCCUCCUCGCUCCAGCGCGCCCAGAGCCAGAAGGUCAAGGACGGCGGAGGGCAGAGGAACAGGGCCAACAGCGCCGCCGAGGUCUGGAACUUCUCCGUCGUCUCCACCGUCGUCGGCGUCGUCCUCAUCGCCGUCGUCCUCAUCGGCUCGACAAAUCUGUCCGGCAUCAACUACAACGGCAAGUCGUGGCUCGGCAACUGGAUCAAGAAGGUCGUCUGA